AUGUUGCAUGGGGGUGACACUGGCGAGAGCACGGAGGGGACACUGCUUGAGUUUACUGUCGGGGACAUUGAUUUGGAUGAACCUACAGCUGUGCUAUCUCAGUUGAACGUGUGGUUGAAUGAUAAAGGUAAAGCUCUGGCACAAGGGGUCCAAUUACGGAAAAGGAAGAGGAUCAUUCCUUUGUGGAAGAUCGUUGAAGGCAGUGAAUUGGUUCCAAAAACUGGGGCACAGACAACCGGACUGAAGAUCUUAGACCCAAUGAAGGCGAUUUCGCAUGAUGAUCUGGUGAAAUUGCUGAAACUUUGUUGGGAAUGGCGCCAGGACCCAAAUUUGGUGAUGCAAUUUGGCAACGUGGAAGCUGAGAUUGAAUUCUUCGCUUCCCUCGUGAAAGCUGAUGGUUGGCUGAAAGGAGAUCACAUUGAUUUGGGGUUGUAUCUCAUCCGGAAGCGACAACAACAAUUGGAGACAGAUUCGGUAGAAGUAGCGGACUGGACAACGACCGAUGUUUUUUUUAUGAAUCACAUUCGUACUUGCUUUGCGGAUAAUAAAAGAAAAAAACAGCAGCUUGGGUGGAAAAUCAGAAAAAGUUUACUAAACGUUGUAAAUGGGAAGGUUCCUCCGUGUGGGUUGGAUUGGCAGACCGUCUAUAAGGUGUAUACCCCAUUUAUGUUGACGAAGUACAAGCAUUGGGUGGCUGUAAUGAUUGAUCUGGUAUUGUGUGAAAUCAAAGUGUACGAUUCAAAGGUUUCACUAAUUCCAGAUGACAUCGUAAAGGAAGAACUCGGCCCGCUAUCAAUUACGCUUCCAAAUCUUCUCAACACCAUCGACUUUUAUGAAGAAGGUGUUUAUGCAAACAAUUGCAGCCGAGAUUGGUGGUGUCCGUGGCCAAUAGAGCGUGUGGAUGUUCCACAACAGUCUAAUGAAGGCGAUUGUGGCAUGUUUGUGUUAAAGUACAUUGAGCUUUUCAGCGCUAAGCUUCCGUUAGCUACUUGCACCUCGCACAACAUGCCUUUUUUUCGGUUGAAAUUGGCUGCGGAGAUAAUAAGGGGAGAUGCUUACUUCCCAUGA